AUGACGGGGCUUUUGAAAGGGUGUGGGUGCGACGGUGAAAAACUCAUGUCCUGCGCAUUAAGCACAACAGUUUCGGCUGGAGCGGUGUGUGGCGAGACGGAAUACUCGAAAGUCAUGAGCGGCGCCACCACUGUGGCGGCCUGUUGCCAGGCCAUCAAAGAAGCUCAGGAUUGCUAUUUGGCUGAGGGUUGUGAUUGCAAUACCGAGUGCCGUCCACAAGACAAGCCACUAUUUUGCCCACUCAGUGGGAAACUACGUGACCCGACGACCUUUUGGGCUGGGGUCAUGGAUGGUCUGAACAAGGGCGGUGAAACCUGUGCAUCAGUCGGUGUAUCUGCCGCAACCUGCUGA